AUACUAAUCUUGAUGAUUAUGAACUAAUUUCUUGAUAGUGAAUAUUAGGUGAGAAUAGUUAUUAAACUAUUUUCCUUCCUACUACAAUGAAUGAUAUGAGAGUGAAAGUCAAAUCAAUGAAACUGGAUCCAUCCACACGCUCUAAAACAAGACAUACAUAAACUCAACACAAAAACUAAUUCCCCAAACUUCCAUUUUCACUUCAAUUUCAUUCACACAAUUUAAGGGCAAAAAAGGGGGAUUUUUUUUGCUUCCUAUCCUGGGUCUGUUCAAAUCUGCAAUUUCAAUGACCAUGUUGUGAAUGAUUGAAUAAAACUGCAAGGAAUAUCUAUCUCAAAGACUAGAAUAUUUGGAUUAUUAAUUGGAGAUAAUAGGAUCGUAGGAACAUGGCGCAGACACUCGAAGGUAUGAAGGGUAAAGGAGGGUCGAUCAAGUUAGGGACCAUUGGAACAAUCAGUUCCUUAAUGACAAGAGAAUUGGAUCAAAUCUCAUCUGAACCACAAAAACAGAAGGUAUCAUCAAGAAGUAAACCUAGAACACUUCAUGUUUCUGUUCCAUGUAGUAGUAGUAGUAGUACUGGUACAAGUGCAAACCCUAAAAGACUACAACCAAGAAAAUCAUCCGAUGAAGCUAGCGGCAAUGGCAGUGGCAGUGGCAGUGGAAGCAGUAAAAAUACAAAUCAUAGAACAAAAGCUAAUAGUAGUAGUACUAGUAGGAAUACUCAUAGAAUACCAAUGUUAGAUUCUGCUGAUCAUUUUUCAGUGGACAGAACUCCAAUCCGAGAGAAAAAAAAUGAUAAAAAGAAACCUAACAUUGUUGAAGUCGUCGAUAUAAAAUGCGGGAAUGCAGAAAAGACUUGGGCUACUCCUUUAACGACCCGUCUUAAGAAGCUCGGUUUCUCAAAGCUCUCUGAGAGCAUUAUCUAAAGCUGAAACUUUUUCGUGUCAGACCUCAGGUUUCUGUAACCAAAAGCCGAGGUCCCGUUUGGCCUACCGCCGUCUGAUACAUCCACCAUAGACCACAUACUCGGUAGGAGCUUGCUACUUACUCGCUUUUUCUUCGUACUUUCAACUUUGGAUACAAUUGUGCUUCUGGAAUUCGUGCUGUGAGAGGAACCUACAUUUGUGAAUUGAGACUUGUUCCUCUGUGAUUGUGACCUGUCUUGGGAAUUUGAUUCGACCCGGCUGAAGUAGUCGAUUUCCUGCAUUAUGAGUGACGCGACCGUGCCUCGGGUGCCUAUUUCCACCGGAGGAAACUCAGCACUCUCUUUUGCUGUGUCAAGUAAGGUAGUGAACUUAUUCAUGCUUUCUUUGGUUGGUGCUGAGGAAAGAGCGAAACCUUCUGUUACAAGAAGUGCUGCUUCUGGUUUUGUUCUAGUGGGGGAAAUGCAGAUACUUUGAGGCGUUUUUUUCUUCAUGUUAUGUUCUAUAUCUAAAAUGCAUGGCAUAAAGUUUGUAAAAUUGGGAGAUUGGUGUAUGGCUUUAUGGUCACUACAUUCAUGUGCUUGUAGUUAAAACAAUCUGAUUUCUAACUACUAAACUACCCUUUUUAACUA